GGGGCCCGGGCCCGGGGCGCGGGAGGCGGCGCCGCUGGAGGCAGUGCGGGGCGCGCGGUCCGAAGCAGGUACCAUGGCAGAGAAGGUGCUGGUGACAGGCGGGGCUGGCUACAUCGGCAGCCACACAGUGCUGGAGCUGCUGGAGGCCGGCUAUUUGCCCGUGGUCAUCGACAACUUCCACAAUGCCAUUCGUGGAAAGGGCUCCAUGCCGGAGAGCCUGCAGCGGGUUCAGGAGCUGACGGGCCGCUCUGUGGAGUUUGAGGAGAUGGACAUCUUGGAUCAGGCAGCCCUCCAGCGUCUCUUCGAGAAGCACAGCUUUACGGCAGUCAUCCACUUUGCGGGCCUCAAGGCCGUGGGAGAGUCCGUGCAGAAGCCUCUGGAUUAUUACAGAGUUAACCUGACGGGAAGCAUCCAACUGCUGGAGAUCAUGAGGGCCCAUGGGGUGAAGAACCUGGUAUUCAGCAGCUCAGCCACUGUGUACGGGAACCCACAGUACCUGCCCCUGGAUGAGGCCCACCCCACAGGUGGCUGUACCAACCCCUACGGCAAGUCCAAGUACUUCAUCGAGGAAAUGAUCCGGGACCUGUGCCAGGCAGACAAGGCCUGGAAUGCAGUGCUGCUGCGGUACUUCAACCCCAUAGGCGCCCAUGCCUCGGGCUGCAUUGGCGAGGAUCCCCAGGGCAUCCCCAACAACCUCAUGCCCUAUGUUUCCCAGGUGGCAAUUGGGCGACGGGAGGUGCUGAAUGUCUUUGGUAAUGACUACGACACGGAGGAUGGCACAGGUGUCCGGGAUUAUAUCCAUGUUGUGGAUCUGGCCAAGGGCCAUAUCGCGGCCUUGAGGAAGCUGAAGGAGCAGUGUGGCUGUCGGAUCUACAACCUGGGCACGGGCACAGGCUACUCGGUGCUACAGAUGGUCGAGGCCAUGAAGAAGGCUUCUGGGCAGGAGAUCCCAUACAAGGUGGUGGCACGGCGGGAAGGCGACGUGGCUGCCUGUUAUGCCAACCCCAGCCUGGCCCUCAAGGAGCUGGGCUGGACAGCCGUCUUAGGGCUGGACAAGAUGUGUGAGGACCUGUGGCGCUGGCAGAAGCAGAACCCUUCAGGCUUUGGUGGCCAGGCCUGAGGCUCUCCCCUGCCAUGCAUAGGAGAGGAGACAAACGACAGCCUGCUCUCCGGCCUCUGGUGGGCACCCAUGACCUCAGCCUCCCUACCUCAAGCCCCACCCAGCUGGGCCUGCUCAGCCCGCUGGGCACAAGGCCCAGUGCUGUGCUGGGCAGAAGUUGGGGCUCGAGCCCUUCAGGCUCCAGGAAGCAUCGGGACCACCAGAAGCGAACGGGGGAGCAGGGGCCCUGGGACAGGCACUAAUUUAUACUGCUCUGAAAGAGCUUCCCAAAGUAUUUAAAAUAAAAGUUUUUUAACAUUGGGACAGAA